AUGAUAGAGCUGUACACGUCAUUGCAAGUGGCAUACCCCUUGCAUAUGUUGCUAAAAUCCUGCCGAGACAUUUCAGAAGGCAAGCGUCUCCACAACCAAAUCACCCGCCAAUUGCCUCACGAUCGCUACUUGGGCAAUCUCUUGAUCCAAAUGUAUGGCAAGUGCGCGGAUCCCACUUCUGCGCUGUUUGUCUUCCAAUGCAUCCAACAUCGAAAUCUCUUCUCCUGGAGCCUUUUGAUCACUGCGCUUGCGCAGAACGGAUCAAUUCUGGAAUGCAAAUUUCUGCUCGAGAAAAUGCCACAAAGAGAUCUUGUGGUUCUGAACACCGUCGCAGUUGCAUAUGCCCAAACUGGGUAUUUUGAUUUGUGUAAGAACCUGUUUGACAGUAUGCCACAGCGAGAUCUUAUCGCAUGGACGGCUCUUUUCCGCGCCUAUUCUUUACGAGGUUAUCUCGAAUCCGCUGAGUAUAUCUAUCUCAAGGUUCCAAGCUAUGACGUCAUGUUUUCCAACGCUAUGCUUGUAGCAUAUGCCCACUUUGGGCAUAUUGAUAUGGCAAGGGGUAUUUUUGAGGGAAUGUUGUAUAGAGACUCGGCAUCUUGGAACGUUAUUAUAGAGGGUUUGGGUCACAAAAGAAGAUUCCUAGAAGUGAAGUCAAUGUUUGAUCAAAUGCCUUUUAAAUCUAUUGUGUCAUAUAACUCAUUGAUUUCUCUAUAUGCGCGGAACGGGGAUUUGCUUCAAUCAAAGAUUUUUUUCAAGAGAAUGCCACAAUGGGAUGUUGUCUCUUGGACGGCCCUUGCGAGUGGUUUUGCCGUUCAUGGGGAAAUCAAAGACGCGGACGAGAUCUUUCAAUCCAUGCCCGAGAAAAAUGUGGUGAGUUGGAAUUCUCUUGUGACUGCUCUUCACAGGCGGGGGAAUCUGGAGCAAGCCGAGACCACGUUUGAAUCCAUGGUCGAGAAGACAAUCUCAUCGUGGAACUCGAUGAUCACAGGCUACGCUUCCAACGGCGAGCUCGAGGAAGCCACGAAAAUUUUCCAUUCGAUGCCCAGGAGAAACGCCAUCUCUUGGAACUCACUCUUAGCAGCCUGUGCAAGGGAUACUAAAUGCUCGAGCGAUGAAGCUGAAAAACUUUUCCACGGAAUGCCAGGAAGAACGAUGGUUUCCUUCAACACCAUGAUAGCCGUGUUCUCGCAAAAUGGAAAUCUCGAUCUGGCGAGGAAAGCCUUUGAUGAUGUUCCGGAAAAGAACCUUAUCUCCUGGACAGUUCUCAGCGCUGGAUUUGCCCAGCACGGCCGAGCAGAUAAUGCCAUGAAUCUCUUCAAACAAAUGGACGUCGAAGGCUUAGAACCUGAUGAGAUUUGUUUCCUCACCGUUUUUCUUGCAUGCAGCCAUGCAGGAAAGCUGAGCGAGAGCUUCCUGUUCUUUCUGGCUAUGGUGGACGACUACCAACUUUUGCCAAUAGCAGAGCACUAUUUCUGCUUGAUAGAUGUUUUGGCACGAAAUGGAAGGCUGGACGAGGCCGAGGACUUGAUCCAAAGCCUGCCAAAUCGAGAGAACAAUGUCCAGUGGAUGACUCUUUUGGGGGCUUGCAAGACACAGAUUGACAUUGGUCGAGCAAAUCGAGCUGCUGGACUUGUCAUCAACUAUGCUCCAAAGGUUUCUUCUGCUGGUUACAUUCUUUUGUCCCAAGUUUAUGCUUUAACUGGAAUUAGCUUAGGAAUAAACUCUAAGUAA